AGAAAAUGAGGUCCCACGCAUGCAACUCCAUUAUCAGCUUAAUACAUGUCAUCUAAUAAUCUUUCUUGAAUCCUCAUCGUAAUCUCAUCACUUCUUUCCAUUUCUAUAAAAAUCUCUCAAAUUUUGAAGAAUUGAACCAAACUUAACUAACAUAAACAUGGCUGAAGUAGUGAGGAACAAGAGGGUUGUUCUGAGGAACUAUGUCACUGGUUUCCCCAAAGAAUCAGACAUGGAAAUUCUGGAAGGAACCAUAACUUUGAAGGUUCCAGAAGGUUCCAAGGAGGUGCUGCUCAAGAACCUCUACUUGUCAUGUGAUCCUUUCAUGAGGAAUCUCAUGAACAAGCCCCAAGGCACCGAUACCAGCAGUGGCCUUACCUAUACUUCUGGAUCUGCAAUAGGUGGGUUUGGUGUGUCCAAGGUGAUAGAUUCUGGAAGCCCAGAUUAUAAGUAUGGGGAUUUAGUAUGGGGGCUUACUAAAUGGGAGGAGUACAGCUUGGUCCCUUCAUCUCAAAUAAUUUCCAAAAUUCAGCACACUGAUGGUGUUCCACUUUCUUACUAUACUGGAAUUCUUGGCAUGCCUGGAGUGACUGCUUAUGCAGGUCUCUUUGAAGUAGGCUCUCUCCAAAAAGGGGAGAGAGUUUUCGUUUCGGCUGCUUCCGGCGCAGUCGGCCAACUUGUCGGACAAUUCGCUAAACUUACAGAUUGUUAUGUUGUGGGAAGUGCUGGAAGUAAAGACAAGGUGGAUCUGUUAAAGAAUAAAUUUGGAUUUGAUGAAGGUUUUAACUAUAAAGAAGAGCCUGACCUCAAUGCAGCUUUGAAGAGGUAUUUUCCGGAAGGCAUUGAUGUUUACUUUGAGAAUGUGGGAGGAAAGACGCUUGAUGCGGUGCUCCUCAACAUGAGAGUCCAGGGUCGCAUACCGGCUUGUGGAAUGAUAUCGCAGUAUAAUCUAACUCAACCGGAAGGUGUAACGAAUUUGGCUAACAUUGUAUAUAAGAAGAUUCGUAUGCAGGGUUUUCAUUUCUUCGAUUAUGUUAACCUGUAUCCAAAAUUCUUGGAGUUUGUCCUCUCUCAUCUCAAAGAAGGGAAGAUUGUUUAUGUGGAAGACAUAGCUGAAGGUCUUGAGAACGGCCCUGCAGCCUUGGUUGGCCUUUUUAGCGGUCGCAAUUUCGGAAAACAAGUGCUUCUUGUUGCUCCUGAAUAAAAACAUAUGCUUAACACAGAUGGUUUAAAGAUAGAGGAAUAUUAGUGGGUCAUCAGAAUUUAUUAUUUUUGGCUAUCAAUUAGCCAUCAAUGUUUAAAGGUAUAUGAUAAAAUAUGUUGUUAGAUUAUUAGACUAAAAAAAUUAAAUUAAUAGCUAAAUGAGAAUAAAAAAUAAUAAAUUCUGAUAGUGUCCUUAUAUUUCUCUUGAAUAUAGACAUAUGCUUGUUUUUAAGUUUUUUCUCUUUUUGGUGGAUGAUGGAGUGUAACAAAAUUUGUAUUGCAUUUGCACUCGCCCUCCUCAGCUAUGUAGUAAUGUACUAUGAAUUGUGUGGACUCUUAUAUAGUAAUGUCAUAAUGUGCUAUGUCAUGGUUCGACUUUUGACAUUUGUUUAAGCGGAUAAGUGAAUUAAUCAUUUGAUUAAUUUAAAUUAGUUGCUUUGGUUA